AUGCAACAGCCUCCAACAACGUUGCGUGAGAUUCGGAAUACCUUCGAGCAAGUGACUGACGCACAAUUCUACAGCUUUUUCCAUCCAGCCGGCUUAACGAUUAACGAGAAGAAAGUCAUGAUGCGAUACAUGCGCUCAUUCGGCUUCAGCCUCACUUUCCUCGAACGCCAGGAGGCGGAUGAUUUGAAACAUGGUACCAUGCUAUAUUUGUUGCACAACGAGCGGCAGAGUUUGUUGUUGUAUGCUUUGUACGACGAAGUUCGGAUGAAUAAAGUGGCGAUGCAUCUGCAACUGGCAUGGUUGAGGGUGGCGGAACUGGCAUACGUCCCUUACGAAGGCGCGAGUACACUGACUUCUUACAUUGCAUUUUUGAACGAUAAUUGGCCAAGGGAUCUGCUGGCAUAUAAGCCGCCACAUCCCCACGAUGAAAGGUUCCAACAUGAAGAUGCUGCUGGUUAUUUUGGGAAUAUGUUCGCGCCGAUAAAAACUUGCAAAGCAGAGUUUGUUAUUAGGCCCAAACAAAAUGGACAGGUAACGCAGCAGAACGCCACAAUUCCUGAUCAGCCGGUCCCGAUUGGCCCUGAACAACAAAUUACACCAAUUAACCGUCUUUGCCAUUGGGUCGGACCGAUCCCAAAGCCAAGGUGGAAUGCCCUGGACGCGGUCACAAUGCUAAAGGAUGAUGUUCAACAGCAGCUCAGAGAGGUACCAACAAGUGUAAAUAAAUUCACGCAGUUUUUAUUGAAAAUCGUCAAUUGCUUUGACGAAAUCUUUGGGCGUCUUCUCACCGACAGGGACAUUGCACUGACCCCCUUACUCCGCGAGUUCUGGAACGAAAAUCGGGAGAAGCUUAACAGCUUAACAGCGAGAAGCGACAUCAAGCCGUGCAGUUCGAAGACUUCCGACGGACAGCCAGGCCCUUCCAGGCACAAGAGAAAGGCUGAAGACGAAGCAAUGCGCCCCGAGGGUGAAGAUAUUUUUAUACACAAAACG